AUGGGCUUACGCGAGAGGAUUUUUGAUGCUAAUAUCUAUCAACCAGUUUGGAAUGUCAAACAUUUUGUGUUUGCCGCCGCGUUUCAAUGUGAAAUUGCAUUGUUAUACAUUGCGGCGAUUUUUCAUCCAUUUUGCGGAUCCGAUGCUGGCAACAUCAAUGUAAUUCGAAAAGCUUUUUGGGAUGAACAUUUGAGUGAAUUUUUGUUUCAGCUCUUAUACUCGUUUUGCAUUGGUUUUUGUAUCGCUUUUCCAAGUCGAUAUUUGUAUGGGCUUUUGUGUAUUCUAGAGUUAAUUAUGUCAGGUGGCUUGAUUGUUUACCCAACAAUAAUAUGGAUAAAGUUUGAUGGUACUGAUAAAAGAGCAAUAUACGUUCAAUUUUUCCGAACUAUCUGUUAUUACCUUACUUCAAUGAAUUCAGCAUAUAUUGCGUGCGUUUUAUUCAAAGUGAGCGUCUUGUCACCUCCGCGAACACGAUCAUCGUAUGUUAUUUCAAAAAACAGCAGUGAAAAGCGGCAAGAUAGUCAAGUCACAACCACUGGAGAAACAAGUUCACAGCAUCAAAAGCCUGCAUAAAAUGUACAGCAAUAAGCGUAGGAAAUAAUAAUACUUGAGAAACAUUUGCGAUUUUAUAUUUUCAUUUCUAAAAGCGAUUCUAACUAAAUAAA